GUAACAUUCGUUUGAAUUCAAUGUCAAAGUUGUCAAAAUGUGAUCGCAAAAUAAAAGGUUUACUUUGUUUGUUUUCAUUAUUUUAAGACGUACCUAUUUGUUAACAUUAUAAAAUGUCAUUAGUUUUGAGGAGAACAUAUUUAAAAGCUAAAAAUAAUAUCCUGUCUCCUGGUACUGGAAAUAUUUCAGUUUCUGGUCCAUUACAAACUUUUAUGGUUCGAACGUUCAGUGACGACAAAUCUGGCAAUAAUCCACAAUUCAGCAGUAGUACUAUUUUAAUUGAAAAUGGAUUUAAUGUACAAGAACUUCCGGUGGCAAUCAAGAAAUUAAGAAAUAUCACAGAUAUCGAAGAUAAGCCAAACGAAGAAAAAACAACAAAUGCGCAAGACACUCUUAGCUAUCAGCUGAUUCAAGAAGAAUUUCAACAAUGCUUGGAUCUUCGCGAUGUGUUCUCGUUACUCUCAAAGUGUACGAAGAUUACGCCAAAUAUUGCAUUAGGUGCCAUCGAAAGAAUAUACGACAUUGAAAAGAAUCCAAACUCACUAAGUUUAGAUCCUAAAACAAUGCAAAUUAAUUUAGCCAAAGGUGCAAUUUUAGAUAAACUUCUGAAGGUUGUUAUGAAAACUGAAGAUACGAACACUAUACUGGAGAUACUGAACACAGUUUCAUCCUUCAUGGAGCCUUUCAAAUACAAAUUCCAUGAUGAGCUGCUUCUACGUGUUAUAGACAACAAGCUUACAAUUGACCAGUUGUGUCAAUUUAUAAACUUUUUAAUAAAAAAUAAAAAUGAUACAAAGUACUCUGAAACCAUUGAUAAACUGUGGGUGGGAUUUGUUGCUAAAGAAAAAGAAAUAGAUGAGAACAAUAUAGUACAGGUGUUUGGCAUCCUUCAUGGUUUAAAAGUUAGUAAAAGAAUUAUUUUGACGUUACUAGAACAAAAAUUAUGUGAUUUGUGGUUUAAGCUUAAAGUGCCUGUCAUGCAAGAUGUAUUGAGCUCUUUUGUAAUGGAAAAAUAUUUAUCGGUCCAAUCGUUUGGUGUUGUUGGCAGUUGGCUCUGUGCCAAUAUACAUGCCUUGGAUGAAGAUUCCUUGUUGGAUAUUAUUACUAAGUUGACUAGAUUGAAAUAUACUGAUGAUAAAAUUGAGAAGGCAGUUGAGAAAUACAUGAAGUUGAAGGGCCCUAAGAUAGAGAGCCAUGUCCUUAUUGUAGGACUUUUGAACUUUUGUAUGCAGUUCCAAAUAUGCAAUGAACAGAUUUUGAAUGCAUGCAGUGAAUAUUUUCUGAGACAUUGGGAUGUUGUGCCACCUAGUUUCCUAAAAUCUUUCAUAUAUCCUUUUGGAUAUUUGCAAUAUGACCCUGUAAACAUUACAGAGUUUUGGACUCUUGUAGAUAAAAUCAUGAAUGAAAAUUUUGAUAAAAUGACCAGCUGUGAUCUUAGUUCAAUAGUACUAUCAUUAAUUUAUUUAGGUAAGUAUCCUUCUACUUUAGUCCGUAGAAUGUUGAGCCCAGAGUAUUUGGCAAAAGUAAAAAGUCCUGAUAUGUGGAAGAGGUUUUAUUUGAUAGACACCGCAAUGACAUUAGAAUGUGAGAAGUACUUGGGGCCACUAUUACCAAAAGACCAGUGGUCAAAGCCAAUUUCUCAAGACUUUAGGAUAAAAAAUAUUCUGGAAAAAAUUAUGGAUAUUCUUGUGAAUGUAGCGGGAGGUCAAGAUAGACUGUCAAUAGCUGUGUCUAUACCAUAUUUACCAUCUGAUGAAACAUAUCUACUGGAUGUCAUGUUGCAUUGCGCUGGUUUGGGUAGUACAACUUUCAACUGGAAAUCGAAAACAGUUCGGAAUGCUAACAUUGCUAUGUUAAUACAUUUGCCUGAUCAUUAUUGCUCUGACAAUGAACACCUGAUUGGCUCCCAGGUGAUGAAAAAGAGGCAUCUCAAAAUUUUAGGGAUGAAAGUUGUAAGUUUGAAAUAUUCUUUACUUAGUCAGUUUUACACUACAUACAAUAAGAAUGGGCUGAGGGAAUAUCUUCUUGAGAGUAUUAAUAAUGCAGAACAAUGUUUGUAGGCCAUACUAAUUUUGGUGUUGUUUUGGAUAUUCAUUAGAUACAGCAGUGAGUGAAUAGUUUUGUUGAAUAGAUUUUUUAUGUUUGUAAAACAAAAACCGAAAAUACAUAGUUACUAAGUAACAUAGUUCAAAUAAAUUAUUUUUCUAGUCUUAAGACUACAAUAUCAAUAAGGGGUUUGCCAAAUUAAAGUUAUAUUGUACCUGUAAAAAUCUUUUGGGUGGUGAUGUUUAUAAACAAAAUUUUAAAAAGAGUUUUAUUAUAAUUGUUUUAUUUAUUGUAUAUUAUUAACAAUAGUGUAGGUAGUAAAUUUGUGUAGUUUUUGAGGUGAUAUACCACAUUAUAUGAUAAAUAAUAAAUAAAUUAUUACACAAUA